CAACUUUCACGUCCUUGACAAAACGUCGCCGAUAAUGGCAACUUCAAGUAAAAAGUCUGUAAUGAACUGGUCAGAAGAGAAAGAUAUUGUUUUAAUGAGGCAGAUGGUUGGCACUGGUAUUUUCGAGUUCAGAGCAGGAAGCAAGGAGAGAGGGAAAACAUGGCUAGAGAUAGCUGAGAGUUUAAAUACUGACGAGCGGUUUGGUGGUGCCCUGACGGCUAGGGGGGCACGAGAUAGGUUUACACUAAUUUCAAGAAGGCAGAAAUCUAAAAACYUAGCACAGAUCAAAAGUACUGGAGGUGGAGGGGAGGAGAGGACCGAAUUYGACAUACUUAUUGAAGACCUUAUUGAGCUAAACGARGAAGCAGAGAAAAAGGCUCAAGAUCAAACUGAUAAUCAAAAAGAAAAGGAAAAACAAGACAAAGAAAAAGGACUAGAUAUGAGGCAGAAGGCAAUGGAGACAAUGGGACAGACUAGGAAAAGAACCAGUGAAGACAAAGACGAUGUAUUUGAAAGAAUGAAAAGAAGAAGAUCAAGAAGUGAAACCGUUACAUGGCUAGAUAAGAAAGCAGAACAGGAUACGGAGUGGAGAAAGCUACUGGUUGAGGAGAGUAAGAGAGAGAUAGGGAUAUGGCAAGGGAAGACAAGAGGCAAGAGUUGGAAAUUCAGAGAAAACAGCUGGAAAUGCAAAUGAAAGCCCAACAAGACCAGCAAGCUCAGCAAUCUAUGUUGAUACAGCAGAUGAUGGCGAUGAUGCAACAACAACAGCAACAAUUACAGGCCAUGUUUCUUUCAAGACCUGGUUCAGGCAACUGAACUGAAUUACAUGUAACAUGUAAGCUCCUAAACUUCUAUUUAUGUGUUUUAAAGGAUAUUAUUAUUGGAUAUUUUGUAUCUUAUUUUUUUAGAAUUGUAUAAGCUCUUAAGUCUUUGUAAUUUGACUAUAAGAUCAU